AUGGAAACAUUUGAAGAAUGGAUGUACAAUGUCCAAGGGAGUCCUGUGGAUCCCGAAAUCCAAGACGCUGCUCUCGUUCGAGAUUUCAUCAAGGAAGCAAGGCUAUCAGCAAUUGAAAUGCUCAAAACAUCGACGGAAAAUGAAGCGAAAUGUGUCGAACUUGACAAACUCAACAAGAAAGAAGAGAAAAAACGAAAAGAUUAUCUGAAUACGGAGAAAGGUGCUCUCGAAGCUGUGUCAAAGGAGAAAAUGGAAAUAGACAAGUUUCUGCGUCGCAACGAAGCAGCUUGUUCUAAAGCGAAAAAACCGAAUAACUUUGAUACAAGCGAGUUAGAAGAAGCAACUAAAAACUUCAACAGUCUACUCGAAUCGUCGAAAAAUUUCAAGCAGAUUACGGCGAAUCUUCUAAGCGAAAUAUCUGCGAAAGGUGAAAAAAUGAGAGAAGAUUUAAAUUUGAAGCGCGAUAUAAAGGAUCUGCACGAAAAAUUAGCAAAGAAUGCAGAUUAUCGGAAAAAUCUUUUUGAAUACUGCUCAUGGAUGAAAACCAAUAAUGAAGAACACGAAUUAGCUUUGAAAGACUAUGAUGAGAGGAAACGUUUAAUAGCAGGCUAUGAGGCUGAAGUUAGAGAUCUUGAGCUUCAACGCGACACGAAACGUCAAAAGUUGGCCGAUUCGCGAGCAAAUAACUGCCGGCUAGAAAUGGAGGCUUCGAAACUUCAAGAAAUUCGUGAGAAAAUGCGACUGAUGAAUUUUGAUAUACCUGAUCGCUUGCGUGAAUUGUCGACGCUUUUAGAAGUUAAGAAGGCUGAGAAAAAUGAGCUUAAUCAUUAUUUAUCAUCAAUGAAGCAUAAAAUUGACGAAUUUGAGGAAGAGUUGGAAAAUUUGAAGAAAGAAAAUAGGAAGAAGACGGCAGAUUUGAACAGAACAAUUUCUUUAGUAUCUCAAAAUUCACAAGACUCUGCGGAUAUAUCAGAAGAGGUGUCGCCAAUGAAGCUCGACGACUCUAGAGAUCCGGUUUUAGAAAAACCAUCUGCUAUCGUCACGCGUCUACGUUCAAGAAACUCGAUCGAUCUUUUUGAUGUUAGCCCUUUAAGGAAUAAUAAAUUUGCUACCAGCACGCCAAUUCCACAAGUCGAAGGAAAGCGCCAAACACGAGCGUCGAAAAAAGUCGUUGAAGCUCCAGUGGCAACGAGAGGAAAAGCUCGACGAGGGCGUGGUCGUCGCGGUGCGAAAUAA